CCAAAGGAAAAGAGAAAGAGAAAGGAACACUAUGGCGAGUUCGUUCACGAUUGAGGCCUUCACCCUCUUGGGUGUGGCUAUCUUGGUCAUUGCGCUGAGAAUCGUUUUGCGCACAAACUCAGUGGGCGUGAGAGGCCUCCAGAUGGAUGACUAUCUCAUGUGCGUUGUUGCUGUCAUAUAUUCCUUCGAAACAAUAGCAGCGCACGCAGUUGGCGCGAAAUGGCUAGGCCUGGCGAACAAUGGUAUGACGGACGAGCAGCGGCAAAUGCUAAAGCCGAGCUCAGAAGAGCACAGGCUGCGUAUUGGCGGAUCCAAGACUCAACUUGUGGGAUGGAGCCUUUAUUCGCUCACCUUGUGGGUAUUGAAGAUUUGCCUAUGCCACUUCUACUCGAGGUUGACAACCGGACUCCGCCAUCUUCAUAUGCGUGUGAAACUUGGCUAUGUUCUGAUCGCCUUAACAUACGUUGCGACAGAACUAUCCAUUCUGCUCGGCUGUCAUCCUUUCAGCCAUAACUGGCAGAUAUAUCCUGAUCCUGGCAAUCAUUGCCAGCCCGCUAUCUCGAGGAUCGACCUCUAUGUUACCGUUGUGCUGAACGUGCUAACGGACAUAUAUCUGAUGUCGAUUCCAAUGCCCAUGAUCUGGACGGUCCACCUAGAGAUCAAGAGAAAAUUGUCUUUGAUCCUAGUCUUCGGUGGCGGUGUAUUUGUUAUGAUGGCAGGAAUACUGAGAUGCGCAUUGAUCAUCCGAGAUCCCGUUCGAGGCGCUGAAGCUGCUGGUAGCUGGGCCUGUCGUGAGACCUUCGUCGCUGUCAUCAUAGGUAACAUACCUAUGAUCUACCCGCUCUUUCGUCGCAGUAUCUCCAAGGUAUAUUCCUCGGCAGGGCUCUCCCGUACUGGCCGCUCCUCGCACCCUUGGUCAAGCCCGGACAUCAAGGGAAUGUUUGCAGUGUUCAUGCCUUACCGACAACUUGGAACAACGACAGUGGCGAGUACGAGGAGUGGAACAGUGAAAGAUCGUUACGCAUGA